AUGGCUGAAAGUAACUCGGAAGAGUAUCCAUUGGGUGCUCCGCUUGUGGAUAUCAAAACAUGUAAAUCCCAUGAACUGCCCAUCGAUAUUAUAUGUGAGGAUUGUGAUGAAUUCAUUUGUGGCGAUUGUGCGAAAACAGAUCAUAGAGAUCAUAACUGGAAAACUCUACCCACGGCAGCCACCGAAAGGAGGAGAGGUCUGCUUAAAUUUCUGAGAAAGAUAAAGGAAGUGGAUCUUCCUGGGAUUGAUGAAAAGAUAUCAAAACAGAUCACAGAAAAUAAAGAACUGUGUGACUCUGAGUUUGAAAAGAUACAGAAAUAUUAUGAUGAGAUAAUGACCAGGCUGUCAGAAAUCAAAAAUCGCCAUGAGAAAACACUGUUAGGCAACUUGAUUAAAAAGAAUGCUGAAUUAGAAAAGAGGAAAAAAGAAAUUGAUGACAGUGUGGAAUUUAUGGAGGAAAACAACAGCACCAUGUCAGAUUACAGUUUGAUUGACAACCAUAGAGAACUGGCAAAAAUGCUGUCUGAAGUUGAGGUUCAUACAACAAACUGUGAACAUUCAGUGAGGUUCAUUAGAGGUGAAAUCAAAGAUGACUUACUUGAGUCUUUGGUUGGAAGAACUUCGGAUUUAGAUGAUAUUGGUGUGACUCAAAUAAGCUCAUUUCCAUAUGGUAAUAAAACAAUACUUUCCUUAGAGAUAUUCAGUGAAGACCAGUGUUACAUAAAUAAAUUUACUUCAAAAUAUACAGAAAAAGUCAAUCAACAAGGCACAAGAGAACAUAGAUUUAAUAUUUCUCCUACUGACAUGUGUGUGAUUGAUAACGGUGAUGUUUAUUUCACUGAUGGAAGUAACAAUUCCAUUGCCAUUGGUUGUCUGUCACCAUCAGAAUCUGUAUCUAAAGUCAUCAGUACAGAUCCUCUGACACCAAUAGGAAUCUGUCAGUCAGUGGACGGUGGACUACUGGUCACCUUGAGUAACAAGGAAUCAGAUCAUUACAAAUUAGAGUCACACAGCAGACGUCUAGUGAGACACAUCACAGUGACAGGUGAUGUCAUCCAUGAGUAUGAGUACCAGGAGGACGGCCAAACCAGACUGUUUACAUUACCAGACAGAGUCACACAGAACAGUAACAGUGAUAUCUGUGUUGUAAACCGUACAAGUCACACUGCAUGUGAACUAGUGAUUAUGUCUCCCUCUGGUCGUAUAAAGUCUAUCUACCAUGGACAAAAUCUGGCAAAAGCAUUUCGACCAACUGAUAUAGUAUGUGACUCCCUCUGUAACAUCCUAGUAACAGACCUAUGUAACAAACAGAUCCAUCUGCUGAGUCCUGACGUGGAGUUUUUGAAGUUUUUACUGACCAAGAAUGAAGUAAACCAACCCUCCUCACUUUCCCUGUACAAGUCUACACUGUGGGUGGGGUACUGGGAAGGACUUGUCAAAGUAUUUAAAUACCGAGUGUAA